AUGAACAAUGAUAUCUCUGACAUUGAAGAUGACUCUGACUGCCUCCCUUGGCUUAUCUGGUGGCCGGAAUUUGUCAAGCAGCGUUCCAUUGGAAGCAGAGAAAUAUCGGAGUUCAGCCCUUACGAUACCACAGUGGAAGCAAGUUUACAGCCUGAUUUGGAGCCCAGAGAUACUCAAGCUCAUUCUUCUAUCAAGUUUUCUGAUAUGUAUGUCCCUUGGGGAGCGCAUCCCAGGGGCGAAUAUGACGCCCCUGGCAUCUAUGGGGGCUUGCCGGUCGAAGCGGGAGUUGUGGAGAGGUACAUGUGGCUGUCAACAGAAACUGCACAGAAAAUUAAAGAUGAAUGCCGUGAAUACAGCGGAGUCUACCAUGACAGCGCAGAUACUGGCUACUUGUAUAUUGACGAUGAUGAUUCGGAUAAUGAACUUUGGCUGAAGCUCUCACGCCCAAUAAAGCGUAUGACAUCCUUCGAAAUGAAAGACUCUGAGGACGAAAGCUAG